CCUGCCCUGUGGGGACAUGAACAGUGUUUGCUGCCUGGUCCUGGUCGCCCUGAGCCUGUGGCCAGAUAGAGCUGCUGCCCCCGGGCCGCCUCCUGGCCCCCCACGGGCCUCCCCAGACCCUCGGGCUGAGCUGGACAGCGCCGUCCUCCUGACCCGUUCCCUCCUGGCGGACACUAGGCAGCUUGCCGCCCAGCUGAGGGACAAAUUUCCAGCCGACGGAGACCACAGCCUGGACUCUCUUCCCACCUUGGCCAUGAGUGCAGGGGCGCUGGGAGCCCUGCAGCUCCCAGGUGUGCUGACACGGCUGCGGGCGGACCUGUUCUCCUACCUGCGCCACGUGCAGUGGCUGCGCCGAGCUGGAGGCCCUUCCUUGCGGACCCUGGAGCCCGAGCUUGGUGCCCUGCAGGCCCGGCUGGACCGCCUGCUGCGCCGGCUGCAGCUCCUGAUGUCCCGCCUGGCCUUACCCCAGGCGCCCCCGGACCCACCAGCUCCCCCACUAGCGCCCCCAGCCUCCGCCUGGGGAGGCAUCAGGGCAGCCCAUGCUAUUCUUGGGGGGCUGCACCUGACCCUUGACUGGGCUGUGCGGGGCUUGCUGCUGCUGAAGACUCGGCUGUGACCCGCCACCGGGAACCACCAACGUCCUUCGAUGCCACAUCUUAUUUAUUUAUUUAUUUGGGGACUGGGGGCACGGCAGCAGGAAAACACCCCCUCCUUCUCUCUCCUUAAUUCAAGACGGUCCCUCCAGGAGACCUGGGCAGAGUCGGGGGGUUUCUGUGCCUUAU